ACUGUACUACGCCAACCCCAAAUCAUCGCCUUUCUUUGCAUACACGACUGACGAACCAUCAACCUGCACCGUGAAGAUAUUUACCCAACAGAACACCCCAGGAAAUUAGCAACAACAAAAAUACGGAAACAAACACCCACCCAACUACUGCUCAGCUCUACUCACCCUCCAACUCGGUUUAUACAACAAAAAGAAAUCAUCAAGAAAAUAAUGUCCACAUCAUCAACAACUCCGAUGGGCGCAGACGCCCUUCUGUCUGCAAUCACCCUUACGCAUCCCUAUCUUUUGCAACAAGAUCAACUUUCGCAACUGCUCGACCUGUCCAAUGCAGCAUCGACGGCCACAACUACUGUUGACAACACCACCGGUAACAAUUUCAUGAUCGACGACUGGCUUGCUGACGAGCUUCAACACUCUGGCAUCCUGACACAGCAACAGCAAGACUUAUGUUCUAUCUCUCCGUCUUCAUCUGUUGCUACCACACCUUCAAGCGAUGUGUCAACGCCAACUUCCUCGUUGUUGCCUCAGUCUCCUCCAUUGACUGCCAGUCCCGGCAAGGAAUGCGCUGGUAUUGUCAACCAACAACAAAAUCACUCGUCAUCUAUUUCAUCGUCACCUGGUGUUCCCUUGUUCCCUGACAUUUGGCCUGUUGUCAAGCAACAACUCCCCGUUGCUAUGCGACCUGUUGCCCCGGCACCUCCAGUUGGACAGCCACAGCAAUCGCAACAACAGCAACGUCGUCCCGUGCCUAUCAUGCCCAAGACCACGGAAAUGACCAUGUCAUCAUCAUCGUCAUCGUCACCUGGUGCCACGCCUGCCACACCGACCUCUUCGUCCACUAUUCAGGUCGCUGGUAGCAAGCGCAAGGCCAGCUGUUCGCUGAGCGAUAAGGAACAAGAUGAUAUUGCGGUGAAACGUCAGCGAAAUACCGAUGCUGCACGUCGAUCGCGUUUGAAAAAGUUGAUGAAGAUGGAAGCGUUGGAACAACGUGUAACCGAGUUGGAGGGUGAGAACUCCCGAUUGACCACACGCGUAGCCGUGCUCGAGUCAGAAAAGUCGGGUCUGGAAUCCAAGGACAAGGACUUGCAGGAACGUGUCCGCGUUCUAGAGGAACAGCUGGCUGAGGCCCACAAGGCUUUGACAGCAAAAUGUACUCAUUAGCUUUUUUUUACAAGAUUCUAGUAGCUAGCUCUCUCUACCCUCUCUCCAUCUUUUUUUUUAUCAUGUCAGUUUUUUUUUCUAUUCAUCCAACAGG